AUGUUCAAGUUCGGUCGCAACCGGGCUCUGGCUUCGGCCUUCAAGCCUGCCGAGCUCGCCACCUCUCCCUCCGCCAGACUCCCCAGCUUCGCUCAGCAGCAAAGGAGAAACCUGAGCAUCCACGAGUACCUUUCUGCCGACCUUCUGCGCCAGUAUGGCAUCGACGUCCCCAAGGGUUCCGUCGCGAAGACCGCCGCCGAGGCCAAGGCCAUCGCGAAGGAGAUUGGUGGUGAGGACAUGGUCAUCAAGGCCCAGGUUCUCGCCGGUGGCCGUGGCAAGGGCACCUUCGACAACGGCCUGAAGGGCGGCGUCCGUGUCAUCUACUCUCCCCACGAGGCUGAGAUGUUCGCCGACCAGAUGAUUGGCCACAAGCUCGUCACCAAGCAGACCGGCGCUGGCGGCCGUCUCUGCAACGCCGUCUACAUCUGCGAGCGCAAGUUCGCCCGUCGCGAGUUCUACCUCGCCAUCCUGAUGGACCGUGCCUCCCAGACUCCCGUCAUCGUGUCCUCGUCGCAGGGUGGCAUGGACAUUGAGGCCGUCGCCAAGGACAGCCCCGAGGCCAUCAACACCACCUACAUUGACAUCAACAAGGGUGUCACCGACGAGAUCGCCCGCGACAUUGCUGUCAAGCUUGGCUUCAGCGAGCAGUGCGUCGAGGAUGCCAAGGACACCAUCCAGAAGCUGUACAAGAUCUUCACCGAGAAGGACUCUACCCAGAUUGAGAUCAACCCUCUGUCCGAGACCUCCGACCACAAGGUCAUGUGCAUGGAUGCCAAGUUCGGCUUCGACGACAACGCCGACUACCGCCAGAAGGAGGUCUUUGAGUGGCGCGAUACCACCCAGGAGGACGCCGACGAGGUCCGCGCCGCCAAGUCCGGCCUGAACUUCAUCAAGCUUGACGGUGACAUUGGCUGCCUCGUCAACGGUGCCGGUCUUGCCAUGGCCACCAUGGACAUCAUCAAGCUGAACGGCGGUGCCCCUGCCAACUUCCUCGACGUCGGUGGCGGUGCCACCCCCCAGGCCAUCAAGGAGGCCUUUGAGCUCAUCACCAGCGACGCCAAGGUCUCUGCCAUCUUCGUCAACAUCUUUGGUGGUAUCGUCCGCUGCGACCAUAUCGCCACCGGUCUGAUCAACACCGUCCAGGCCCUCGACCUCAAGAUCCCCAUUAUUGCUCGUCUCCAGGGCACCAACAUGGAGGCUGCCCAGAAGAUCAUUGCCGACUCUGGCAUGAAGAUCUUCGCCAUCGAUGAGCUCCAGACUGCUGCCGAGAAGGCUGUCCAGCUGUCCAAGGUUGUCAAGCUGGCCCGUGAGAGUGACGUUGGCGUCGAGUUCACCCUGGGUAUCUAA